CCUCCUCCGGCGGCGCAAAAGGGCCUCGGCGGCGCUCGGAGCGGCUUCCGCCCGUGUGCAAGAGAGUCGCUGCAGCCCCGCAGGCGUCGCCAGCAUGUCAGCCAGUGGUCCCACCGGGUCUGGGGCUGCCUCUGGCAGCAACCGUCGUCUUCAGCAGACUCAAAACCAAGUCAGUGAGGUGGUAGAUAUCAUGAGAGUGAACGUGGACAAGGUUUUGGAAAGAGAUCAGAAGCUGUCUGAGCUGGACGACCGGGCCGAUGCUUUGCAAGCAGGAGCCGCCCAGUUCGAAACAAAUGCUGCCAAACUGAAAAGAAAAUACUGGUGGAAAAAUUGUAAGAUGUGGGCCAUAUUGAUAGCGGUGGUGGUGGUUCUCAUCAUAAUCAUCAUUGUUUGGAGCGUGUCCCCAUGAACUUUGAGAAGAAACCCUGAAUCUGACAAAGUUGUUUCAGUGAGACACUCCAGUCUCUUACGUCAGACUUGCUAUAUUGCCAAGCUUCUUGUGGGUGCACAAAUCAACCUUUUUUUUGAUAGCAGAAGUGUUAACUUUUCUGUAGUUUGUGCCUUUAUAUAAAUGAUGCACUGUAACCUGUAAAUGCUGUUAAAACUGGCUGUGUUGUGUGAACUUGCAAGAAAAUGGUUAAGGCUUCAGAAUUUUGUGAUUUGAGAGUGUUAUGAUAGUAAUGUCUACUUCUGGAAUGUAUUUUAGAAGAUAGCAAGUAUAUCAUCACUACCUCACCUCCUACAUGGUAUGUUGAAAGGGUUGCAAACCAGCUUUUAUUUGUGCCUUCUUGGGUGGAAGUUUCUCUUGCCCACAGUGGUGCCAUAUCUGAACAAUUUUUGCCUUCAUGCUUUCUCAUCUAGUUAGGAGGGAAUAAGAGCUACUGUAUAGCAACUGCUGUGCUUUUUAAAUGAAGAUGUGACGUUUGAUAUAUUGAGCACUUAAUCACAGUGGAAUAUAAAAAGUAUUUGAGACAAAAAAAAAAUAUGAUCUUCCUUGCAUUAAACCAUCACCUUGGUGCCUUUAUGCUUAGCACUUGAACAAGCACCAUAAAAUGUUUCUAACUUUUUUUAAAAAAAUCUGGUUGUACAAUUGUUGGGUUUGUUUUUCUGGCUAAAAAACCCUAAAGCUACAUGAAUAAACUCUCUUAACUUACCAAGAGGAAACAUUGAAAAAUGUCAAAUGCCAUACCUGAGUCAUUUGGGCUUUCUUUAUAUGUUUCCUGCUUGGAAACAUGAUCAGCCUUUUCACAUAUUGUUGGGCAAGUUUUUUAGGAUGGGUUGGUGGUGAAACUCUACAGUGUUUUCUUUGUCAUUUUAUAGUAGCGCAUGCAUUGUUCUUCUGUAUGAAGAGUCUCUUAAUCACAUGCUGUGCUCUUUCUUUACUUUCACUUCCAUUUUUAGUGGGUGGGGUUUUUCCUGUCUCUUGUAUUCCUCUUCAGGUUUAUGUUGUUGUUCUUCUGGCUCCUUGGUCUUAAGGUUAAAACUGUAGGCACCAAUGGCUCGACUGCAAGGCUGUCAAAUCUAUCCUCUUAACAUGGCCAAACAUACAUAGCGCAGCCUGAGAAUUCGUAGAGAACUUUGGCUUGUAAGAGGUAGUGAAGGGAGGGGAGCAGCAUGUAACAUAAAACACUUCCCAUACUAUUGUGCAGUUCUGUAAAUAUAGAAGCGCCACCUUUCGGAUAUUUGAUAUACACUCAAUGUUUGUACAAUCUGCUAUGUUUUGUACUAUUUUCUUAAAACACUGUCUAUAUGUUUUGUAACUUUAAAAGGCCUUCAGUUUUUGCUGUCCUGCAAUACCAAAUGAUCGUUCAAGUGUUGCUGUCAGAAAUUCGGCUGUACAAAGUGUUGUUUACUAGUUGCCUUGCAGUAAAAGGUCUGACCCAGAAAGGAAUUGUCCUAGGAUUUAAAUCACAGCUUUUCUAAGACGGACUAAAAAAAAUACUGCUUGGCAUGAAAGCCUUGCUUCUUCUGAAGGGUGGCCUUUUCAGAAAAUGCCCAUCAAGGUGAGAGACAGGCUUGUAAUUGUUUAUUAAAAGUGCAUUCUACCAA